UUGGACAGAGUAUCAGACAUCGGUCACAACAUCGUCCAGGAUGCGUUCCUCAUCGCGGUGGAGGAGCAGGCCCGCCAGCGGCUGCAGCGCCUCUCAGCGCUUAAGCGGAUCACGCCUGUUGACAUGUCCAAGCUCUCUCUAGAGUUAAACCGAAAGAAACGGACACUACCAGAGAACCGACAGGAGCUAAACGGCUACAUUGCAAACUCAGCAGUCUAUGUUACAUCUAUUAACGAGAAUGGUGCUAUAGAAAGCAAACCUACGAUAUCUUCACCAAAAUCACAGCCAAAAUCGCUACAGGCAAAGCCCGCGCCCGUUAUAGCGAACGGAGUUGCAGAGAACAAGAAAGAGGCAGAAGUUAAGGAAGAGCAUGACGAGCCGGAGAAACACGAAAAGGAUUCAAGUGAAAAAUUGAAGAUUAAAGUGGAGUGUGAAGUGAAAAUAGAAAGUGAAGUGGCUAGUGCGAAAGAUGUUAUCAAAAGUGACGCGUUGAGUGUUGCGAGGGAGCAUUUGAGCAACGGUAGAUGUGAGAAACUACUGGGUGAACAGCCUGACCACAGAAUAAGAGCUACAGCUGUCAUUGAAAACAAUAAAUUGGGACCAGGAGAGAAUAGGUGA